AAUUUGUAGAACAAAUCUACAAGUCUAUUUUAUCGGGUGCGGACGGAUAUUGUGAAAAAGCUAUUCGUGGGGCGAUGUGCAAUUGGAAUAGACUACUGAGCAAUCACGUGAAACAUUCGAAAGAGUCGUGUUGAUAGAGAGGAUUAUAGAGGUGUGAUGUGCCGAGUGCGGUGACCGUCGGUGCGAAGAGCAGGCGCGCUGGGGGCGAGCGAGGUGCCUCGGGUGGGUCGGGGGUGGUGCGCCCCGGCGCUGGAUGCGGUAGAGGCGGCGGCGAGCGGCGGCGGCGCGGGCUCCGCCGGCGGCGCCGUGGCGAUGACGGUGCAGCGUGACGAGCGCGCCCCUCGCACGCGCUUUAUGAUCACUGACAUUCUUGACGCGCCGCCACGGGAUCUUAGCGCACAUCGGGACUCCGACAGUGACAGAUCAGCCACUGAUUCACCAGGUGUGAAAGAUGAUUCUGAUGACGUGUCGAGUAAGAGCUGCGGAGGUGACGGGUCUGGUCUGGCGAAGAAGCAGAGGAAAGCGCGUACAGCAUUUACCGACCAUCAACUACAGACCCUUGAGAAGUCCUUCGAACGACAAAAGUACCUCAGCGUACAGGAUCGAAUGGAGUUGGCUGCGAAACUGGGACUGACCGACACCCAGGUCAAAACUUGGUACCAGAACCGACGAACAAAAUGGAAACGUCAAACUGCAGUCGGCUUGGAGCUUCUAGCAGAAGCUGGGAACUACGCGGCCUUCCAGCGUCUGUACGGAGGAUACUGGGCAGGCGUGCCAGCCUAUCCUACUCAACCGGCUCCGGCGACGGCCGACCUCUACUACAGACAGGCAGCCGCCACAGCUGCAGCCGCCGCUUCUGCUAGCGCUAACACGUUACAGAAACCACUUCCUUAUAGGUUAUAUCCUGGUGCGCCAUUAGGAGGCGUCCCGCCACUAGGACUGGGGUUGCCGGGUCCCUCAGCGCACCUGGGCUUAGGUGCGCCGGCGCUGGGUGCGUUAGGGUACUACGCGCAGGCUCGACGCUCACCCUCACCGGACCUAGAUCCGGGAAGCCCCGCGCCCCCUCCAGAACCCUCCCUAGAACAACGCUCUGACGAUGACGACGACGAGGAAACUAUCCACGUCUAACUUAAAAUAAACAAUAAUAAAUAAUUAUAGUGUUUCAAGAAAAGUGAGUUCAGUGUUGACGAGACAAUUGACAGUAACGUUGAGACAUUGCUUUGAAAAAUCUCGAAUUAAUACGAUAAAUUAUAAUAUGUUCGGAGUUACGAAUUCGACCCUGUUGACAUUUCGUAUUUCGUAAAGGACAGGGAUUGUCCGAAUAUGUGAUAUUAUAAGCGAUUGUGUAAGAAUGUGUAUAAUAUGAAAUUGAUGUUGUGUUGAUGAAUUAGUAAUUGUUUUAGAAUUUAGGUAGGUACCCAAGCUUCUAAGUUACAACAAACGUAAGUAUGUUACGGCCCAGUAUAUCCCAUUAAUAUUAUUAAUUUUAUUUCUAAUUGUAAGAAAGUAAAUAGAAAUGCUCAGGAAUUCGUCAGUUAAUCUAAUGAGUAGACAAACAACAAAAUCUCCAAAACUUUUGUUCAAAUGAAUUUGAAAGUAAAGAUUAACUAAAGUCUUAUAAAGAUGAUUUGAAUUUAUUUAAGUUUUUCGAGGCGAAAAUGAACCACUGAAUUUGUAUCGAUAACCUUUUAAAAGUGGCACUGUUCCAAUAAUUAUGUACAUAGAGUGUACCGCAAUACGUAGUUUUUGCAAUCCUUAUUUAUGUCCUGGAAGACCAUGUUAUAAAAUCUCCAAUACAUAUUUUUUACGCCACUGAAUCAAUACGAUGCGGUUUCACUGAUUAAUUUGGCUAAUAUAGUGUUGGUUUCAUUCAAAUAAAUUGAAGCCUUUGAAGAGUUUCAGUAAAAAUAAAUAAAAAAUAUUUAUAUGAACGCAUUUUUUUUAUUUUAUAAUUUUUUUCUACUAUCUAUAUCUUGACGAGAAAAAUAUGAAUUUUUAUAGUAACCUGCGUUUCCUAAGCCACAACAUUAUUAAUGUUCACGUGGGAUUGUAAAUUAUAUAAAUUUUAGCUGUUUAUAAUAAAUAUUACAUUGUAUGUACUAUUAGUUUAAAGCAACUUAAAGUAUUAAAUUUAUAUAUUAAUAUAAAUGACGCUAAUAAGAUACAUGGCAGUGUACUUAAGCGUAUCGAGAUCGGCAUUCUAUGUCGCAUAGAUUUUGUGGUGUUUUGUAAUUAAAAUGUUGUCAAUUAAAAAUAAUUGUUUUAUUUUCAA